AUGGUUGGCAUGGACGCAUUCAACAGUCGGUUCCGCCGGUUUCGCCGCUUGGCACGCGAUCUGCUGGUUGUCGUGGCCGCGAUCACGGCGGUUGUUGCUAUUGUCUUUCUGCUCAACCUAUGGCUGACCGACCCCGACCGCACCAACGCUGACAUCGGAAGGAUUAGCGACAUCGUUGGCAUCGUCCAACUGUCUGCCGCCGCCGUCAUCAUCGUCGCCGGCGGAGUAUUCGCUUACCGGAAGCUGCAACUAUUCCGCGACUUCGAGCCGCACUUGACGGUUACCCAAUCGGCCACGCACCGCACCGUCGGCACGCAGUAUGUUCACGUCGCCGUAACCGCCACCUUGCAUAAUAGCUCCAAGGUCAGGGUGGAAAUACGUGAAAGUUUCUUCAGGCUGCACCAGAUCCAGCCCUUGAACGACGAAUAUAUCGAGGCCCUUUACGAGGCAGCCUUCAACUCCGAAAAGCAUACGGAUAUCGACUGGCCAGUGUUGGAUGAAGCGUUUCAUCGCCUGGGGCCCAAUGAGUUGGUUAUUGAGCCGGGAGAGUACCAUAACGAACCUUGUGCUGCCGUGGCUGAUAGCAUCGAUACCCGCCUCCCCAUCGGCGACAUCCUUGACCAGCAGACCGACCGCUUCCCCGACCGCGACGCCCUGGUCCACACUGCCACCGGCGCACGGUUCAACUACCGCGAGUUUCAUGCCGAGGUGGAACGCGUGGCCCGCGGCCUCCUGUCCAUCGGCAUCGCGAAGGGCGAGCAUGUCGGCAUCUGGGCCACCAACUACACCGAGUGGGUGCUCGCCCAGUUCGCCACCGCCAAGAUCGGCGCCGUGCUGGUCACCGUCAACCCGGCCUACCGCACUCAUGAACUGGCCUAUGUCCUCGAACAGCGCAGAUUGGCGCCCUCAUCCUGA